AUGAGCGAAAGAAAUAACCCAAGAGUUCUGACUAGUCUUCUUUAUGGGGGACUCGAUGCCUUAGUAGACAUUCCUUGUAAACAUGGUGUCUGCGCAAUCAACGUGAAACCCCGAACAAAUGUCUCGGCUAAACUCGUCCCACCUUUUCGGAUUGUAGCCAGUCACCCUAUCUUCUCUCCCAUUAAUUGUAAUCGUUUGAAGGAAGUAUGCACACAAUUUGAUGAUGAGGUCAUAGCGCUGACAGGCACCUUCGGGCGCUUCAAUGUACGAAACAUCACGUUCGACUGCUAUCCAAAGGGUCUCAGCACACUGGAAGUCCUCAGAAAGGGUGAAAGUGUGCCAAAAGCCAGUGGAAAACAUGCUGCGCUCUCUCCCCACUACAUCCGAGUGAAUGAAAAAGGGCAGCUCGAGGGUUCACCGCAAAUCGUUGUCUCCUGCCACUACUCCGGGAUGUAUGAAUUUAAACACGAAAACCUAGAAGACAACGAGGCACUUCUGAGAAAUGAUACCCACUUUCCACUAGAGUAUAUCCAUUACACCUGGAACGUGGCAAUGGUUCUAAUACCUUACCUCACGACAGGGGAGAGUCGAGUUGACAGGGUGAUGCAAACACCAACCAAUGGAGUUUGUCCACCGAAUAUUGUCUGCCACAGGAAAGUUCAACGCUUUGACCCCAGCGGUAUCCUUGACUAA